AUGGUUGAUGAUGAUGAUGAUGAUGAUGAUGAUGAUGAUGAUGAUGAUGAUGAUGAUGAUGAUGAUGAUGAUGAUGAUGAUGAUGAUGAUGAUGAUGAUGAUGAUGAUGAUGAUGAUGAUGAUGAUGAUGAUGAUGAUGAUGAUGAUGAUGAUGAUGAUGAUGAUGAUGAUGAUGAUGAUGAUGAUGAUGAUGAUGAUGAUGAUGAUGAUGAUGAUGAUGAUGAUGAUGAUGAUGAUGAUGAUGAUGAUGAUGAUGAUGAUGAUGAUGAUGAUGAUGAUGAUGAUGAUGAUGAUGAUGAUGAUGAUGAUGAUGAUGAUGAUGAUGAUGAUGAUGAUGAUGAUGAUGAUGAUGAUGAUGAUGAUGAUGAUGAUGAUGAUGAUGAUGAUGAUGAUGAUGAUGAUGAUGAUGAUGAUGAUGAUGAUGAUGAUGAUGAUGAUGAUGAUGAUGCUGCUGCUGCAGCAGCAGCUCUUCAUCUUCAUCAAUCAUCAUCAUCAUCUGUCAUCAUCAUCAUCAUCAUCAUCAUCAUCAUCAUCAUCAUCAUCAUCAUCAUCAUCAUCAUCAUCAUCAUCAUCAUCAUCAUCAUUCAUCUUCAUCAUCAUCAUCAUCAUCAUCAUCAUCAUCAUCAUCAUCAUCAUCAUCAUCAUCAUCAUCAUCAUCAUCAUCAUCAUCAUCAUCAUCAUCAUCAUCAUCAUCAUCAUCAUCAUCAUCAUCAUCAUCAUCAUCAUCAUCAUCAUCAUCAUCAUCAUCAUCAUCAUCAUCAUCAUCAUCAUCAUCAUCAUCAUCAUCAUCAUCAUCAUCAUCAUCAUCAUCAUCAUCAUCAUCAUCAUCAUCAUCAUCAUCAUCAUCAUCAUCAUCAUCAUCAUCAUCAUCAUCAUCAUCAUCAUCAUCAUCAUCAUCAUCAUCAUCAUCAAAUCAUCAUCAUCAUCAUCAUCAUCCAAAUCAUCAUCAUCAUCAUCAUCAUCCAAUCAUCAUCAUCAUCAUCAUCAUCAUCAUCAUCAUCAUCAUCAUCAUCAUCAUCAUCAUCAUCAUCAUCAUCAUCAUCAUCAUCAUCAUCAUCAUCAUCAUCAUCAUCAUCAUCAUCAUCAUCAUCAUCAUCAUCAUCAUCAUCAUCAUCAUCAUCAUCAUCAUCAUCAUCAUCAUCAUCAUCAUCAUCAUCAUCAUCAUCAUCAUCAUCAUCAUCAUCAUCAUCAUCAUCAUCAUCAUCAUCAUCAUCAUCAUCAUCAUCAUCAUCAUCAUCAUCAUCAUCAUCAUCAUCAUCAUCAUCAUCAUCAUCAUCAUCAUCAUCAUCAUCAUCAUCAUCAUCAUCAUCAUCAUCAUCAUCAUCAUCAUCAUCAUCAUCAUCAUCAUCAUCAUCAUCAUCAUCAUCAUCAUCAUCAUCAUCAUCAUCAUCAUCAUCAUCAUCAUCAUCAUCAUCAUCAUCAUCAUCAUCAUCAUCAUCAUCAUCAUCAUCAUCAUCAUCAUCAUCAUCAUCAUCAUCAUCAUCAUCAUCAUCAUCAUCAUCAUCAUCAUCAUCAUCAUCAUCAUCAUCAUCAUCAUCAUCAUCAUCAUCAUCAUCAUCAUCAUCAUCAUCAUCAUCAUCAUCAUCAUCAUCAUCAUCAUCAUCAUCAUCAUCAUCAUCAUCAUCAUCAUCAUCAUCAUCAUCAUCAUCAUCAUCAUCAUCAUCAUCAUCAUCAUCAUAA